AUGGCAGUUUCUCAGGACUCAGGAACAAUGUUUGAAGCGAUUCACGGUAGAAUGAGAGAGAAGAUCGUGCUACAGCGGCUGAUAGUGAUUGCUCGGCUCCCCCACGAUCCUGCUGAUAGGACAGAACUGGGAGCUCAUUACGAAAAUCUGAAAUUUCAGUUGAACAAACAGUACAUCUGGGAUCACAUAACAGGCCUGCUGUUGAUUUAUCCGUCCUGUCUGCUGCAUGUCGUUGAAUCUUCCAGGGAUAUUCUGAUUUCUGUUUUGAAGGACCUGACCGUCAUGCAACAACAGCCACACUGUGCCUUGAUGGAAGCCAAGAUCGUGUUCAUGGCACAUGACCCUGAAAGCAGGCUGUUCCACCAGUGGAGCUAUAAGGUGCUGGAUGCAGGUCAAGCUGCAGGAAACACUGGAGUUAAAGAACUUGAGGAAGAUGAAAACAGCACAGAAACUCUGGUUUGCAGUGUUCUGUCAGCUCUGCAGAAGCUGAGUGAACAACUUGAAAUAACCAAGAAGGCUCUCCCUGGGUCGGUGCUGGAUGAGACUCCGGAGCUCAUCGUCCCUCUGAAGGUUCUGGACAAGCUUUUGGGUCGUGAUGAACUCCUGAGUCCACAGCAGUACCUGCAGAUGUACAACUCCCCUUUACACGUCAGCAUUGAGUUUGGACAAAUUAAUCCAAGAAGCUUCUUCCCCAGUGUUUAA